AUGGCUUCCUGUGUCCUUGUCUCUGGUCUUCCCCGGUCCCUCCCUCCCCUUCCUCCGGGGCCUGGUCCUUCCUGUGUCCCCUGUGUUGAGGGGCGGCUCCGAGCUGCCCCUCACUCCUCUCAGUUUCCCCCGACAGAGGCCCCGCUGCAGACGCUUCACAUGGACGUGUGGGGCCCGGCCCGCGUCCGUGGACAGGGUCACGAGCGCUACUUCCUGCUGGUGGUUGACGACUACUCGCGUUACACCACGGUCUUCCCCUUGCGCAGCAAGGGUGAUGUCGCUGAGGUGUUGAUCGACUGGAUCCGCGCAGCUCGUCUCCAGCUCAGGAGGAGCUUCGGCUCGGACUUUCCUGUUCUGCGUCUGCACUCUGACCGAGGCGGAGAGUUCUCCUCUGGCCUUCUGCGAGCCUACUAUCGUGCGCGAGGCAUCCGCUUGACCUUUACGCUUCCGGACUCUCCACAGCAAAAUGGGAUUGCGGAGCGCCGCAUUGGCAUGGUCAUGGACGUCACUCGUACGUCCAUGAUGCAUGCGGCUGCCCCCUAUUUUCUGUGGCCGUUUGCGGUUCGGUACGCGGCGCAUCAGAUCAACCUUCACCCCAGGGUCUCCAGGCCGGAGACCUCCCCAGCCUUGCUGUGGACGGGGAAGGUCGGCGAUGCGUCUGCGUUCCGUGUCUGGGGAUCUCGGGCGUUUGUCCGCGACUUGUCUGCGGACAAGCUGUCCCCUCGUGCUGCUCCCUGUGUCUUCCUUGGCUUCCCCCCUGACGCCCCUGGGUGGCAGUUCUACCACCCCACCUCUCGUCGUGUUCUGUCCUCCCAGGACGUCACGUUCGACGAGUCAGUACCCUACUACCGCCUCUUCCCCUACCGCACUCCUUCCCUCCCCCCGCCACCGCACUUCCUUGUGCCAGUCGAGCCGGUCGAGGUUGCUAGUGACUCUGGUACUGCUGCGGGUGCUGAGCCUGGGGGUGCUAACUCUGGGGGUGCUGCGCGCGUGGGUGCUGAGCCUGGGGGUGCUGAGUCUGGGGGUGCUGCAACUGGGGGUGCUGAGCCUGGGGGUCCUUCGCCUGGGGGUGCUGCGUCUGGAGCUGCUGAGCCUGGGGGUGCUGAGUCUGGAUCUACUGAGCCUGGGGGUGCGGAGCCCGCAGCCGCUGGACCUGCUCGUGUCGCGUCUGGCGGUGCUGGGCCUGCUGGUUCUCCGUGUGCUUUGUCUCGGCGGGAGCCACUCUCUCCACAGGAGCUGCGCGAGUGGUUUGCCCAGCGCUAG